GCCCACUUGUUAUAAGCAGCCAACAUCCGCCAUUCCCUUUGCAUCCUUCUACCCUUCUUUACUUCUCAGUCACAACAACGGCCAUUUGAACCUGACAGGCUCAGUGCAGCCAGUCGCCAUCUAAGCGUCGCCCCCUCUUGCUUCUCUACUCUCAAAUACCUCCACUUCCGACCCUUACUCUACACCUCGAUCACAUCCCUCACCAUGGCGCCAACUGCGACGAGCACAGGUGGUGCUCACUCACCACCUGCCAUCAUCGAAAAUGCCCUCAAGUCCGCCGCCGACGUAGCCGGACUCAAGUCCACGGCCGAGGGCGGCAAGACAUUCAGUAGACAGUCGGAGUUGCCCAAGCUGCCCAUCCCCAAGCUCGAGGACACUGCAAAGCGCUACAUUGCCAGUCUGGAAGCGCUGCAGCCUUCACAGGAGCACGAGGAGACUAAAAAGGUAGUGGAACGCUUUCUGGCUGGUGAAGGUCCACAAUUGAAUGAGAAUUUGCAGGAGUAUGCCAAGGACAGGGUUAGCUACAUUGAGGAAUUUUGGGAUGAUGCCUACCUCCAGGCGAGCGAGUCGGUCGUACUCAAUCUCAAUCCCUUCUUCAUCCUCGAAGAUGAUCCCACUCCAUCAAGAGGUAGUCAGCUGAUGAGAGCCACUUCUCUCAUUCUUGCCUCUCUUGCCUUCAUCCACGAUCUGAGGACAGGCGUGCUGGAUCCAGACACGGUGAGGGGUACUCCGCUGGACAUGUACCAGUACACCAAGCUCUUUGGAACAGCUCGUAUUCCCACCGCAAGUGGCUGCCGCAUGGAGAGCACUCCGGAUUCAAGGCAUAUCACGGUCAUGCGCAGAGGCCAAAUCUACUGGUUCGAUGUGCUGGAUGAUGAGCAUCGGCCACUGCUGACAGAACGUGCCUUGCUUGGCAACCUGCAAGCUAUCCUUCGAGAUGCUGACAAGACGAAACCUCAAGAGGUAGCUGAAGGUGCAAUUGGUAUUCUCACUACCGAGCAGCGAAAGAUCUGGUCCGCCCAUCGUGACACGCUGACCUCCAAUCGUCACAAUUCUCGCUGUCUCAAGGUGGCUGAUACAGCUCUCUUUGUAGUGUGCAUGGACGACAGUGAGCCCGAGUCGCCUGCGGAGCUCUGCAACAAUAUGCUCUGCGGUACUUACUCUCUGCAGAAUGGUGUCCAGUUGGGCACAUGUACCAAUCGUUGGUACGACAAGCUCCAGCUGAUCGUCUGUGCCAAUGGUGCUGCUGGAAUCAACUUUGAGCAUACAGGAGUGGACGGCCAUACUGUGCUGCGUUUUGCGGGCGAUGUAUACGCAGAGCUAAUUCUGCGCUUUGCAAAAUCCAUCAACAAUCGUACCAAGAGUCUCUUUCAGGCAGUCACGAGUCCUUAUGCUCGCGGAGCCGCUGGCAAGAAGAAUCCCAAUGUCGACAGUGAGAAGCUUCAAGAGGUGGAGAUCAGGACCGCGCCCAAGAAGCUUGAGUGGGAUCUCACACCAGACGUUGCUGCUGCGAUCCGUUUCGGCGAAACUCGCCUGUCAGAUCUGAUUUGCCAGAAUGAAUGUCAGGUCCUCGAGUACACCAAGUUUGGCAAGAACUUCAUCACGCGUCACAAGUUCUCCCCAGACGCUUUUAUCCAAGCGAGCUUCCAGGCGGCUCACUAUCAGAUGUAUGGCCGGAAUGUCCCCACCUACGAACCUGCGAUGACCAAGGCAUUCCAACACGGCAGGACCGAGGCUAUUCGAACCUGCCAGCCCUGGACCGCAGACUUUGUCAAGGCUCUUACAGAUCCAAAGAUGAGUCGUGAUGCGACGCUGGACAAGUUGCGAGCAGCCUGUGAGGGCCAUACGAAAAUCUCAAAGCAGUGUGCUUCAGGUCAAGGUCACGAUCGUCACUUGUAUGCCCUCUACUCUCUCUGCAAACAAGAGAUUGCUCAGGGUAAACGAGAACAGAUGCCCGAACUCUUUACCGACGUGGGCUGGAGUACACUCAAUCACGUCAUCCUCUCCACUUCCAAUUGUGGAAACCCCGCUCUGCGUCUCUUUGGAUUCGGACCUGUAGCUCCAGACGGAUUUGGAAUCGGGUACAUUAUCAAGGACGAUGGACUCUCCAUCUGUGCUUCUUCUAAACAUCUACAGACCAAUCGUUGGUUGAAGGCACUAGAGGGUUAUCUAGAUUCGAUUUCUGAAAUGUUGGUUCAUUCGUACAAUGCUGCCAAUAUGCGUACGAGGGAUACGUACAUUGAUCAUUCAGGUGUAGAAUGUGAUGUUCGUACUGGACUUCCUAUUGGUUCUAGAAGAAGGACGGCAGCAGGAGGAAUGGCUAUGGAUUCUUUGAUGCUGGUGGAGGAAGCUUGAGCGGUGCUCCAAAGGGGUCAGCAGGAACAGGAACAGGAACUGGAACAGGAGGCAAGGACGGUUCUGCCGGUGGUGGUAGUGGUGGUGCAGGAGUAGAUGGGCAGACGAGGCAUGAGAGGAGGGGAUAUCAAGAUGUGGGCAGACGAUUACUGGAUGCUGAUUCUGCGAGGUAGACUGCGACUUUAGGGAGACGUGUAUGUUGAUGAGCUUCGCGAUAGUAUCUUCAAAGACAAACAAAAAGGGCGAAUGGAAGGAAUGUCAAGCUUCACCGUUCGUAUUCUCCGUCCCGAAAGCUUGAGCUUCGAAU